GUAUGUGGAAGUUUGUGUUUGUUCGCCAGGGGGCGCGUCCCGAGAAACACUCCGCACCGAACGACCCACUCGGUUCCUCCCGUACCAUGAACUGAAUCUGUCCGGGGACAGAUCAGGGAAGAUGGCGGCUACUGACCGUUCCCGGUCCGACGCUGCUAAGCAGCGACGGCAAGAUCAGUUGCAGCGAUGGUCGGGUUCAGAGACCGACCGUACGGGACCGGAUACCAGGGAGACCUCGGUGGGAGGACCAGGGGCGCGGAGGGCCCGAGUGCGGUUCGCCCAGGGCGCCGUGUUUAUGGCCGCCUGCUCCGCCGGAGACCAGGAGGAGGUGGCGGCUCUGCUGAGGCAGGGAGCCGACAUCAACCACGCCAACAUCGACGGGCUGACAGCGCUCCACCAGGCCUGCAUCGACGAGAACUCUGAGAUGGUGCAGUUCCUGGUUGAGAGCGGGAGUGACAUAAACCGAGGGGACAAUGAGGGCUGGACCCCCCUUCACGCCGCCGCCUCAUGUGGCUUCAUCCAAAUCACUAAGUACCUUAUAGAGCAGGGUGCUCAGGUGGGGGCGGUGAACAGUGAAGGAGAGCUGCCUCUGGACGUGGCCACAGAGGACGCUAUGGAGAGGCUGCUCAAGGGAGAAAUCAAGAAACAAGGCGUGGACAUGGACCAGGCCCGUAAGCAGGAGCAGCGGGUGAUGCUGCAGGACGCCACGGCGGUGCUGACGGGCAGUGGGAGCCUGGUGCCCCACCACAACACCAAGGCUACGGCCCUCCACGUGGCCGCCGCCAAGGGCUACAUAGAGGUCCUCAAGGUGCUGUUGCAGUGUGAGCUGGAUGUGGACAGCAUGGACGUGGACGGCUGGACGGCGCUGCAUGCGGCCGCCCACUGGGGCCAGGAGGAGGUCUGCUCCCUGCUGGCCGACCACAUGUGUGACAUGGCGGCAGUCAACAACGUGGGACAGACCCCCCUGGAUGUGUCGGACGAGAACCUGGUUGGCACACUGGAGGAGCUGCAGAAGAAGCAGAACGCACUGCGCUCGGAGCGAGAGAAACAGAAUCCUGUUAUCGAUAUGAUCUCCCCAAUCACUGUGCCCCCCGUGCGACUGCGCAGGACCUCAAUCUCUCGUAUGAGCAGCAAGGAGAAGAUCUGCCUCCACGAGCGCGAGAAGCACCCGCCGCCCGCCCUGCGCAGCACCCCGGCUGAGGAGGAGGAGGAGGAGCCGCCGCCGCCUGCCGCCCCUGGCCCGGGCCAGGCCAAGGCCUCCAGCAGCUCCAGCUCCGAGGAGGAGAGCGAGUCGGAGAGCGACGCCGAGUCGGAGAAAGCCAAAAAUCGAGAAAUCAUCAACAACUUGAACAACAAACACAACUCCGGAGGUCUUCUCGCUACCUCCACGUCCACUUCAGGAAUCCCUGCCAAAAAGCAGGAACCAAGCAAGUCCCAGUCCCAGUCCACCGAGGCCCCAGGCUCCUGGAGGACGUCCCUGCGGAAGGCGGGCAGCUCGGUGACUCUGGGCUCCGCGGGGGGGUCUGACCCCAGUCAGGACCCCCCCAGGCCCCUGGACUCUGGCCUGGGCAUGACCCGCUCUGCCUCCAGCCCCCGCCUCAGCUCGGAGGCCGAACCCAAGGAGCCCCGGUUGGCACGGGUCACGCCCACUCCGUCCCGCCGCCUCUUCAGUAUACCCGAUGCAAACGCUGACAACUCCAGCAGCUGGCUCAGCCGUAGCUCCUCGUACUCCCGGCGCCAUCAUAGUCAAUUAGGAAGUGACCUCACAGGAAGUGAUCUCACUAGCUCCAACCCCGCCUUGCCACGCAGUUCAUCUUACGGAAGGAGACUGGAUGACUUCACCACGACCUCAGCUUCACUAGGAUCUGCCUCUGUGGGACUGGGGCGCCUCAACAACCAGAGAAACUCUCAGGAAGCGACUGAAAAGAAGGAGCAGGAGCCGGUCCCCACGCCCGCCUCCUCCACCUCCACCUCCUCCUCCACCACCACCACCAGCAGCUCCUCCAGCACUACAAACGCAGGCGACACAGAUGGCAAGCAAAGGCGCAAGUCCUAUCUGACGCCGGUGCGGGACGAGGAGGCGGAGGCCCAGAGGAAGGCCCGCUCCCGACACGCCAGGCAGUCCCGCCGCUCCACCCAGGGGGUCACACUGACGGACUUGCAGGAGGCUGAGAAAACGAUAAAAACUGACAACAAAGAGAGGGAAAAGAAAAAGGAGGAGGAGGAGAAGGAGAAGGAAAGAGAGAAGGAGAGAGAGAAGGAGAAGGAGCGAGAGAGAGAGAAGGAGAAAGAGAAAGAAAAGGAGGCAAAACUGAAAAAGGCAGGAGAAGAAGGGGAAUUAAGCUGGAGGUCUCGCAAUGCCAGUCUGCAGAAGUCGGACCUCCUGGGCCUGACGCAGCCUGCCGGGACCACUCCUCGACCUCCGUUAUCUGACAGGAAAGAGGUCAAGGCGAUGGCGGGGGAGAGCGAGACGGACCGCUGGGCCAGGGAAAGCAGGGAGCGGAGACGAGCACGAGCCAGGAGGAGAGCCCAGCGUGCCGGAGAGAGUGACGACAAUGAGCCUAGUGGGGAAGAGGAGUUCUCAGGCAGUGGGCUGGAUCCACAGACAGGCCGACCUUUGAUCCCCGUGAUUCCCAGGUCAAACUUAUCCUGUAACGACUGCAGCCAGGGGGCUGCGUCUGAAGCAAAGGACUAUAAGAAGUUGUUUGAUGAGGUCUCCAGGGAGAACAGCCACCUCCAGUCCCAGCUGCAGGACACCCAGAGGAUCGUGAGCCAGACCAGGGUGGAUCUGGAGAAGGCCACGCAGAGGCAGGAGCGAAUCAGUGAUUGUUCAACCCUGCUGGAUCUGGAGAAAAAGGAGCGGAGGAUGUUGGAGCGCCGUGUGGCAGAGCUGGAGGAGGAGCUAAAGGUGCUGGGGGACCUGAAGGCCGACAACCAGCGCCUGAAGGACGAGAACGGAGCGCUGAUCCGCGUCAUCAGCAAGCUCUCCAAAUAGGAGAGAAGAGAGCGAGAGGAAAGGGCGAACGGCACGAGAGACAUCAGGGAACCUCCCCCACCACCCUCCUCCUCCUCCCUGUUCCCCUCCCCCUCCUCCUCUCCUUUAUUCCCUCCUGUGACACAUUCCUCUUGAGUGCCAAAUAGUGAGAGGCGCGUGUGCGGGGGGGGGGGGUGUGGAUGGGUAAAGCAGUAGAUGAUGACAAUAGCUCCACACGGGAUGCGAGGCCUCUCUAGAACUCUCAAGAAGAAGGGAGAUUGGUGGGAGUUUGUUUGUUUUUGGUUGUUUUGGUUGUUUUUUUUCAGUGUGUGUGCCUUUUUUUUUUUUUUAAAUGAACGUUUUCACAGCAAGAUCGGUGUUAUGAUGAAGGCCUGUGGCAUGGCCACGCGCUCCCUCAAAAGAAACACCAGACUUGACAAUGGCCAAAUACUACGGCUUGUGAAACACACACACACACACACACACACACACACACACACACACACACACACACACACACACACACACACACACACACACACACACACACACACACACACACACACACACACACACACACACACACACACACACACAAUGCUUAGGUGCGUGGCGGAGACACCUAAGCGAGCGUGCGUUCUGCUAUAGCCUCUAUGCGUAUUCCACAAGCACUCUUGGCAACUGGGGCCUUAUAGCUCCCACUUAGUAUUUAUAUUAUAUGAAUAUAUCUAUUUUGUGAACACAAAAUGAAGCGUGAUAAUUGUAAACGUCCCCCCACCACCUGUUCAUGA